AUGAUGAAUAAACAAGGCAAAGCCAACGAACAAAUUCCUCGCAAGCAAGAGGGCGAAAAAAUAUUCGGGGCUCCGCCAAAACAAGUUAAGCGUGACGAGAAAGCAGUAAACAACCGUCAAUCCGGAAUUCCUGCUAAGAAGUCCUCGAAAGCGGACAAAACAUCAGCACUCGUUGUUUGCACAAAUCAAAACGCACCAACUGCAUAUGACAAACAAAAUUUCAAAGCAGAUCGUACUAAUAAAUCAAAUGAAAGAUAUCAAAAUCGUGAUAUUGACGAUGAUGAAGAUUUCGUUAUUACAACAGAUAAUGUGAAGCCUCUUCAGACACCAGAUUCAAACCAAAAGCGUUUUCAGCCAAAAGGUUCUAAGAUUGGAGCUUCUCCAAAGAUCAACGCCGACGCCUUAGAAGGUGAUGAUGUUGAAGAAGUCGAAGUUAUUACAUAUAAUAAAGGCAAAAAGGGAAGUAAUGCUUCUGCAAAGAAAUUUACAACAAGACGUAGUUCCACAAAUACACAAAAUUCAAUUCAACUCGAACAAGAAAUGGAUGAAGAAGAAGAUACUGAUGACGCACGCUCAGCUUCCACUGCUCAUUCAGUUAGAAUCAAUAAAAACGAAGAUGACGACGAAUCUCAGCAUUCUCAUAGACACCACAGAAGGCAUUCCAGAUCAAACCGCUCUCAUCACCAUCGCCGUGAGACAUCCGGCAACGAAUCAUAUGUUGACGACCAAAACGUCGACCAAUUAGCCCAAGACCGUGCUCUUUCUGCAGAGCAGAACCAAAGCGAAGAAGAAAAUACAGAUGAAGGCGAACAGGACAAACCAAAAUCAAUUCUUAAGAAGAAUUCAGGCGCUUCAACCCCAAUUAAAGACGAAAACAAACUUGCAUCCGACGAACAAGGCAAAUUUACACUCUUUGACGGCAUCCUCGACCAACUUAACAAUUGUUCGGAUUCCGCAAUGCAGAAACUUUCACAGUGGCAGCGCCAACUCCUUCGUUUUCUUUCUCCUCUUGAAGAGCAGCAACUCCAGCACUGGUAUCUCCUCACAACUGCCUACUUAGAACAGCAAGGAAUCACACAUGACGAAAAGAGCCUUGCUUUUCGCGAAGAACUCGACGCAAUUGUCGAAGUUGUCAUGGAGAAGCAUGGGUUCACAACUUUACAAGGAGUUCUCCACAGAAUGAGAGUUUUCAUCACUGGUCCAAGAAAAUCUGGCAAAUCGACACUUUUAUCAUUAACCGCCCAACGUGCUUUGAUCGAGCUUGCUGCCGGAACAGAGUGGAAGCACACAUUUGUCUUUGCCUAUGAUUUUGCCACUAAUUCACACACUGUUACUGACAACGCCGAGCUAUACAAGACAUUUGUCAGGGCCACAUUUGCAGGAUUAUCCGCGCAAAGGCCAUUAUUAUCAGAGCACGCUGCAGCGCUUUCCAAAGCCUUCUGUGAUGUUGUUGAUGGAAAUCCAUUGCUUCCUAAGUCAUUCACAGCAUCAAAUGACUUCAGAUUGCUUGUUCCACAGAUCUCCUCAAUUCUUUCCUUCCUCCAAGAGUGCUGGCGCGAUGAAGACAAAUCAGCUUUCAUUGCAAACGCUGUCGCUUUCCCACAGCAGAUUUCAGCAGUUUUCGGUUUCGAUAGAUUGCUCGUUAUCGCCGACCACUUCGACGCUUUCGCAACAGAGAUGUCUCCACAAGAAUUGUACGUAAUUGGAAACGUUAAGAUCUUGCUCAACACAAGCAAUUUCAUCGUUGCAAGCCAGUCGCAAGAAAAAGCGGCAGAAAUUGCUAAACCAGCUGAUAUCGAUGAUGACGAUUUGACACAGUCACUUUGCAAGUUAUCUACACUCGAUGUUGUCAAUGAGGAUCCUUUCGAUGGUGUCGAAUUCUCUUUGACAAUCGAGAACUCAGCAAAGAGAGUACAAAUCAACUUCCCACUCUUCGGAGGUUGCCCAGCUUUCCUCGUGAUGUGGAACGAACUCAACGAUCUCGCCGCAAAACAUGAGGCGGCGUCGAACGGAGAAGAUACUGAGGAUGACCCUGAGGAAAUACAGAUACUCCUUGUGAACAAGGCAACUGAGAUUUUCAGCGCUUUAACUGAAGGACAAAGUGACAUUGUUGUGACUGCUGUGAAUAAGAUUAAUAAGAAGUAA